AUGACAUCGAUUCCCGCCUCGAGCUUGGCCCCGCUGGCCAACACACUGCACUCCCUCGACCUGUCCUCGAACUUAUUCGUGCAAAUCCCCGACAGUCUUGCCACCCUGACCGCACUUCGAGCCCUAAACCUGUCUCACUGCAUGAUCGACUCGCUGCACUCUCUGACCCGAAACCCGCUGCCGGCCAUCACCGCUCUGAACCUUCGCGGCAAUCGCCUUCAGUCGCUGGCCGGCGUCGAGAAGCUGUAUCCGUUAGAGCGUCUUGAUCUGAGGGACAAUCGUAUCACUGACCCGCUGGAGGUUGCAAGACUCACCGGUAUCCCCGACAUUCGCGAGAUCUGGGUCGAGGGGAAUCCGUUCACUAAAACACAUCGGGACUACCGAAUUACGAUAUUCAAUCUGUUCCGGAAAACGCCGGGCUACACAGAAGAUAUUGUGAUCGACAAUGUAGGCCCUAGCUACUCGGAACGGCGAUACCUUGUUGAGAGAGCGCCAGUCCCUGCUGCAGUGCCAGUUGUCAAGGCCCCGACCGCCGAUCUGCCUGCGGUUGAUGUCAGCAAGCCUGCGAUCAUAUACGAUGAGCCCGUGGAAUCCCUCUCCUCAUCGCGGAAGGAACGGCCCACACCCAAGGCCGUCACCAGCGAAGUCAACACCAGCUCGACCAGACGUUGUAGGUCUUGUUCUGCUGCUGGAUGUCGCAGACGGGAUGCUGCUGUGGUCUAUUUUUCACAUCACUUCACUUUGACAACGGCGUUUGUGAGAGGAGCGAAGUUUUUCGCACAUUGGUGGCUCUUGUCCAUUGUUAGCAUGGAAGAAGGGAAAAAAGACGCAUCUGUUCGCGUGGAAGGCACUAUUGCAUGCAGAUAG